AUGGGUGAAAUGAAGAAGAAAUGGGUGGCUGAAAAUCAACCCGGUCCGAGUACGAGUAUGGAAGUGCAAGUUUCAGGUCCGGAAGCUGUGGUUGAUGGCGUUGCUGAGGAGUGCAUGAUGGAUUUCCCGUUGUCGGAGGAGGAGGAUGUACUCAUUUUAUCCGAUGAUGAAGAUGAGGAUGAAAUAAUCGAAUACAUCGAGAACGAGAGCGAAGAGGAUGAUAAAGAUGAAGAAGAUCAUCUACUGAAUGAGGAAAAUAAUAGUUCAGCUCAACAUCCGAUGGCCAAGCGGUUGAGAGUUUGGGCUUUAUCUCAUAAGAUACCUCAUUUAGUAUUGAAUGAUCUUCUUCGCUUGGUUCGCGAAACAACGGACAUUCCUCUUCCUCUAGAUUCUAGAACGCUCCUUAAGACACCGGUUGCUGUGGGCAAGGAAAUACACGCGGUAGCAGGCGGUGAAAUGUGGUAUCAUGGCAUUGCGAAAUGUAUGCAAAGUUUUUUUCGGUAA